UAUGGUAUCUGAUUGUGCCUUGUAAAGGCUUCAGAAUAGCUAAUACUAUUGAAAACAGGGCAUUAGGUAGACUGGCCGUUGGUUAUACAAAGUCGAUAUUCAGACAAGUUUUCUCUCAAAUUACGCCAACAGCAAAGGUUUUUGAAAUUAAAUAUCAGACAAUAGAUUCCACGAUUAUUUUCCAUCACUACAAAUACCCAUACGUUAGCAUGUCACUAAAAUAUUGUAGAAAGCUAAUCUGUGGUUUACGCAAAUCAGGGAUGUAGAUGUCUUCCUCUUCGUAACUUAUUCAUGAUUAUGUCAAAUGCGUUCAUACUGAAAAACGCAGACUCAGACAAUUGCAACUUGCUUUGCUGUCUGGAGAGAAAAAGGGACUUCUUUUGUCUCAUUCAGUUCUAACUUACAUCGUAUUUAUAGAAAUUAGCCGUUCUACACCUCAACGGCGUUUCAUCGUGAUGUGUAAAAGUCGCCCAGUUUUCAAAAACGCUCGCUAGUAGCUCUGCAUGUAAAAAGAGCCUAUGUUGUAACAUCUCAGGAUGGAAAAAGUCGUCACAGAAUCGAUUACGACAAAUCAGAAACUCGUUAGUGUUGCUGAGAAGUACAUAUUAGAGAAGUACCGUGAGAGAAAAAGGAACCGGCUGCCCCCGAAAGUGAAUGCUCAUAACGCUGUAAAAUCCGCUGCAAGAGAGAAAACAAGUGGACUUCGAGGGAUCAGCAAGUUCAAAGAGGCAGCAAGAAUUGUGCGCAUUUUCAUUAGCGUAUGCAAUCGCUUGAUACGAAUAGCAGCUGAGCAUGGAAAGUACAACAUCUUAAAAUCAGAUGCAAAUGUUGAGUUGCACUCUGCUGCUGCUGGCUCAUUCCAGGGAAAUGAUGACGAAAAUUUGCUGUUUGAUCCCGGGAUGUAUAAGUCGAAAUCAGAGGCUCCUGUUCCCGCCUGGGUGAUUGAAGCUUGUUUAAAAACUGCGGAGGAGAGAACGAAUUCUGACUUACGGAAGCUCUGCUGCCUUAUGAAGCAAAUGGAAAUCUUCCAAAAGUACACUAAAGGGAUGCUCAACCUUAUGGCCAAGGCUGCAACUUGGUCUAGGUUCGACAGUGGGCGAGUUGUUAUAAGAAAAGGUCACCCUGGAAGAACAUUAUAUGUGAUUCUAAAUGGAAGUGUAGCCUUGCUCGAAAAUGAAAACGAAGAAACCUCUUUAAAGCAACAAGGAAAUCUGGUCGAGUCUAAUACUGAGAACUCAAAGCGGGAUGCAGUGUUACGCAAAGGAGAUUGCUUUGGAAGAGAGGCAUUCUUUAAAAAUAUGGAGAGACAAUCUACUGCAGUUUGUUUAUCGCUAACACACUUCUUAAUGGUUAAUUUGGAUGAUGUAAACGAAGUUGGGCUAGAAGAGUAUCUCAGUCAAGAAAUUACGACCAGAUACAAGUUUCUUAGGCUACUUCCAUUGUUUGAGAAGCUUCCCGACGAAAAGAUUCGUCUGAUAGCUGACAGAUCGCAAACAUACGAAUACCUGGCUGAUAAAAUCAUCGAAAAAGAUUCAGGCUGUUCAGAGUUUGUUUACAUUUGCCGAAAGGGCCAGUGUACUAUACUUCGUAAAAUAAAUAAAAGGAGGAGCAAGGAGUUUGCAUCAAGAAAAAGAAGCGAAUCGCUUGCAGAUGAGACAGUCAACACAUUUUUACCCUUAACCACACCUUGCCAGUCAGUAAUGAAAGCAAGAGACAAUACGGGCACAACAACGGAGCUAAAGAGGUUGCCAGAGAUAACUAUGCAUUUAGUGAAAUCUCGGAACUUGAUUUCUCGGCGAUACCCACAAGAGUUAUCUGAUAAGUCAACGGAAAGCCUAUGGGGGAAAGUGGCGAAGAAGAGUCUUUGGCAUUCCUCCUUUUCUAAGCACAGAUAUUCGGUGGGUCAAGUCCGUACCGAAGCCUAUAACAGUCGCUCAAGGAUUGACACUGGUUUCUGGGCAAGAAAGGACGGGUGCCGUCUACCUAUAGAAACUCCUGAUGGGCUUGUUGUGCAGGUUGCGCAGUUGUCAAAAGGCGAUGUUUUUGGUUUGGAUGACGGGGCUCAAGAGGUCAUCACUUCCAAUGAAAAAAGGAACUUCAUUCUUGUCAGUUCCGGGUGUGAAGUCAUAGCUAUCAAAAGACAAACAUUACUUCAGAAUCUGAAUUGCCAGACAAUUGAUAGAAUAAGGACAACAGAAAGACCCUAUGCAAGCGACGAUGAACUGUACAGUGCUUUUUGCGAACAAAUGCAAUGGAAGUCUUAUCGAGAGCAGCUUGUUGGACGGCUUUUAAAAUGGAGAGGAAGUAGCUCCAAUGCGAAAACCAUGUAAAAAUGAACGAUUGUCUUAUAAUGUUUGAGGUGUGAGGUGUCUGAAAUUUUAAAUUAUUGUCGAGGCUCUAUUAUUUCCCAGUUGAAACUGGUAUGACAAGAUUUGUUUUUAUUCAUAUGAUCAGGUGAAAAUAUUAACUGAUAAGAAAACAAACGAGCAAUCAGCAAUGUUUCUCUAAGCUGUCAAAACUCCUUCUUUUAAGCAAGAUUUCUUCUCUAAGCUUUCAGUGUUGAUCAAUGCUGGAUACAUAUAAUUUGUUCCUUUUAAUGACAUAACGUACGUUGCAGAAUUCUAUACCGUGAUCAGUCUGGUAUAUGUUUUCAAUUGGUGAAUAUAUUCGAUAUCAAGAUCGAAAAAUCACGCUUGGCAAAUACGAAACCAUGACACGAUGAUAAAAUGAAAUUUUUCAUUGUCCACGAUUGCAAAAGAAUAGCUUCAACAGCUGAUUUUAUAUGAGAAAUGUAGAUAAAAUUCCAGUCAACCUAUUAAUUUAUUAUUUUUUUUAUUAUCGUACAUUUCUUACUGAUCGAUACUCAUUUCAAUAAAUCAAAUACUUUCCUUUGAUUCUCCUGACUAAGUAAGCCACUGUUUUUAGAUAAAUUAGAAAUAAAAGAGAUUGAAGCAGGUCAAAAAUAAUUCGUUAAACCUUAGCCACUCUUUUGCAUCUUUAUAACGGUAACACUGUUAUAUAUUUAUUGUAGUACGCUAGUCAAAUAUUAUUUAAGGUUUGUGUUGAAAAUGUAAAGGGUGGUUUAUAUGUUAGAAUCUGGCUUGCCCUUAGAUGGUUGAGUCCUUUUGUGCUUGUAAUUGCCGUUCAGUUUUUAACUGCAUCUUUCAAAUAUAAGUAGAAUUUAGGAAGAAGAGUUGCUGCCGUGUUUUUUGGUGUUUUGCGAAUUCUGUGAAACUCAAGUGUGCCAAAAUGAGGGCAAUGUUAGAUAAACAAUUGGACUUGAAACUAUCAAAGCAAUCAAAGUAAAAUGCAAGAAUUCCAAACAAAUAAGUCUUUAUUCUUCUUUUGAAACUUCGCCAUACAAAAAGUAAAAUGUAAUGCUAAAGAAAAUUUAUCCUUAUUAUGAAAUGUAAUUAAUUAUCCUAAUUAUAGCAAAGAGUAAUUAAUUAUCUUAUUUCUUGGGAGAUGAACACAGGUGCGUAACUAAGUUAACUAAUUUUGGUGGGGUGGUAAGGAUUUCUGCACUGCAAAAUUGAGUGGUGCACUGAAUACUUAUUUUUGAUUUAGGGAGGGGGUAACAUUGUAGCGGUAUGAGAUUGAAGGGGUUCAAAAAUUGCACCCUUCCAAAAAUAUCUUACGCCCCACCCCUCAAAAUUGAUAAUGGCUGGUCCCUUAUUUUGAUUUUGCUUUUUAAUCAAGCUAAGCUUAACACAUCGUAUGUUUUAUGUUUUUCACCUACAUGAAAGGGAAAGGGCCAUGAAAUUGUACCUGGGGGCUAAGAAUCAAGUUUAGUGAUGUAGGAGGACCCACCAUGUUUGGGUCCGAGGCGAAAGAAUUUUUUUUGGGAUUAUACCUUGUAGAAGGGCUAAAAAGCAUCUCCCAGAGUAAAAUUAAACAAAAUACUUUACCGCUUAGGAUAAACGAUUCGGUGAUUAACAACUCAGAAAAACACUGAUCCUCCUCCUGAUUUCCCACCUCUCCCUCUCUUGAUUUUCCAUCAUCCCCCAUCAAGCUU